UGUAAACAUUCGCAUAGCAAAACAAAAGCAGAUUUUUGCCAAUUUUCCGAUUUAAGCUGCUACAUUUAAGUUUAGAUUGUACCGUUCGAAUGUGGUUUAAAGUGUAAAUUCAUAAACUAUUACUCUUUUUGAAAUUUGUUUAGUAACUCUUAAGUAUAAUAUCAAAUCACAGAAUGAAAUCGAGUGGAUACAGUUCAAUGGUAGUGUUUCUCGUAGCGGUUAUUCCCGUCAGUCUAGAGCUGGAAAUCGAUUGCUCAGAUUUACGAAUGGGACAAUAUCUGUGUCCAGAUCCGAAUGUGCGGCACAUUGAUCCUAAAACCCAGCAGCUUAAAGGUUGUACCAAAGAGAACAAGGCACGCGUGUGGUGUCUCGCUGUAGAGGGAAUCGUUUGCAGUGAAACGAAAAAUGCGAGCUUCACGCGGGAGAUGCCUUGCAAGUGGACUAAUGGAUAUCACUUUGACACCGCUCUGCUGCUGUCGGUGUUCCUGGGCAUGUUUGGCGUUGACCGAUUCUACCUCGGCUACCCGGCUAUUGGCUUGCUGAAGUUCUGCACCCUUGGAUUCAUGUUUCUCGGUCAGCUGGUAGAUGUGAUACUGAUAGCAACCCAAGUUGUCGGUCCAGCGGAUGGAUCCGCCUAUGUGAUCCCGUACUACGGCCCGGGCAUCACCGUCGUACGGAGUGAUAAUUGGACCUAUCGGUUACCCCAGGAUAACUGGUGAUUGCUGGCCAAUAUUUUUUUAGGAGAUAGAAUAAACAAUUGAGUCUGAGAUAUAUGAAUAUGAGGCGAAUGAACGAAUGUUUCCCAGCUCCCUUUCCUGUGGUGGAAAAUUAUGUAAUGGAAGCCUAGCAUUUACAUGCCAAAAAAUAAACAUUUGAUCGAUCAACCACAA